UUCACAAUGUUCACAUUUCUGGCGUUGUCGAAUUUAUCACGAGAUAAACACAAGUUUUAUUAAGUUUUUUACUAAAUAUUGUCUGGAUAUUCAUUAAAAAAAGAUCACAACAAUUCAAAUUUCGCAUAGGGAGUGGAAUUAUUAAUUUACAUUUCGUGGAAUGUUGGCUGUACUGUCCGAAAAUUCUGACUCGGAACAGGUGUUUUUGAAAGAAAUGUGUUGCAGUUCCCAUAGUUAUUAAUUUUUAGUGUCGUGAAUAAUAAAAAAGUGUAUCGAUCCGCGUCGGCCAGAUCACACGGUCGCUCAUUAUUUUGGCUCGGAAGGACGAACUGGAUGUCGCUUGGCGUUCGUAAACAACUAGCUGAUAAACAAGGACGCCACUCUGUCUCCGAGAAUCAUUCACAUGAUGAGGUGGUUCAGGCCGACGGCCGAGAGCUCCAGCUAGGGGCUAUGGUGCAGCACUUGAGCGAGCAGGGGGUGAUGACCGCGGGCGAUCGGUGAGGUGGCGCCGUGGCGAGGAUGCCGCACCAGUUCGGCGCGGGCCUGGGCGGCGCGGUGGGCGCGGCGGGGGGCGGGUCGCCGCCGCCUCAGCACGGCGCGCUGUUCCCGCGGUACGCGAGCGCGGCAGGCCCCGGCGCUGGCGCCUACCGCCCCGAGGAGCGCCGCCUCACGCGCGAGGCUAUGGAGCGCUACCUGCGAGACCGCGCCGACAUGGUCGUCGUUAUACUGCACGCUAAAGUCGCGCAGAAGUCCUAUGGCAAUGAGAAAAGGUUUUUCUGUCCACCACCCUGUAUAUACCUAUUUGGUGAUGGCUGGCGGCUGCGGCGUGAGCGCAUGCUGCGCGAAGGCGAGACGGAGCAGGCGGCCCAGCUCUGUGCCUUCAUAGGCAUAGGAAACUCCGACCAAGACAUGCAGCAGCUCGACCUGAACAAUGGGAAACAGUACUGUGCAGCUAAAACCCUGUACAUAUCAGACUCUGACAAGCGAAAGCACUUUAUGCUAUCAGUUAAGAUGUUUUAUGGAAACGGACAUGACAUUGGUAUAUUUAAUAGUAAGAGAAUUAAAGUAAUAUCUAAGCCUUCUAAGAAGAAGCAGUCAUUGAAGAAUGCAGACUUAUGUAUUGCAAGUGGUACUAAGGUAGCUUUAUUUAAUCGUCUUAGGUCACAGACAGUGUCAACUAGAUAUCUGCAUGUAGAAAAUGGGAACUUCCAUGCGUCGUCAACGCAGUGGGGAGCGUUCACAAUCCACCUGCUGGAUGACAAUGAGAGUGAAUCGGAGGAAUUUGCAGUGCGAGACGGAUAUGUACACUAUGGGUCCACUGUGAAGCUAGUCUGCUCUGUGACAGGCAUGGCUUUGCCUAGGCUAAUAAUAAGAAAGGUAGACAAGCAGAUGGCCCUCCUAGAGGCUGACGACCCGGUCUCCCAACUCCACAAAUGCGCGUUCUACAUGAAGGACACAGAACGCAUGUAUCUGUGCCUAUCGCAGGAGCGAAUCAUACAAUUCCAAGCCACACCGUGCCCUAAGGAGCCCAAUAAGGAGAUGAUCAAUGAUGGAGCUUGUUGGACCAUCAUCUCGACAGAUAAGGCAGAGUACCAGUUUUACGAAGGCAUGGGACCCGUCAGGUCCCCAGUGACACCGGUACCCCUCGUCCACUCCCUCAACCUCAACGGCGGCGGCGACGUCGCCAUGCUAGAACUGGCCGGCGACAACUUCACGCCGUCCCUACAAGUGUGGUUCGGAGAUGUGGAAGCGGAGACGAUGUACCGCUGCGCCGAGUCCAUGCUGUGUGUGGUGCCGGAUAUAUCGCAGUUCAGGGGGCAGUGGCUAUGGGUGCGGCAGCCUACGCAGGUGCCCGUGUCCCUCGUCCGCAACGACGGGAUCAUCUACGCCACGGGGCUCACGUUCACGUACACGCCGGAGCCCGGCCCGCGCCCGGCCUGCGCGCCCGUCGAUGACGUCAUGCGCCCCGAGGCCGCCGCGACGGCCUGGCACCACGAACCGCACGCGGGGCAUCCCGCGCAUCCGGCCCAUGCGCUGCAAUAA